GGCAAAUAAGAAGAAUAUAUUGGACACAGGAUACGGCGUCGCUGAUUGGCUGCAAGCAGCCUGGACAGCCCCACCAUGCCCGAAAGGGACAUCGACAAUGGAGCUGUCUAAUUGAUCGCCGACUGCUCUCUACACAUGCAAAAUCAACUUAACCAGUCGACACGAAUAUCCAAGUCGAGGCACCCGCUGCCCACCAGCACCAGUAGCGAUGCCCGACGACUCCAAACCAAAGACCUUCCCCGAUCUCUCCUCGAAGCUCUCCGCCCCAGCUAAGAAAUCGCUUUUCGAGCGCCAAAAGGCUGAAGCCGAAGCCAAACGCGCGCGCGAACGAGCCGAGACCGCCGCUGUAUACGAGGAUUUCGUCAAGUCUUUUGAGGAUGAUGGGAGCAAUGUUGCCCCUCAAACAAGGCCGAAUGCGUUUGGGCAUUCGUCGGGGCCGCCUGCUAAACGACACUUUACCAGCUCAUUGAAUACAUCGCGCAACAGCGGUCCAGGUAGUCUAGGCCCGCCGCCGCAAUCGCUUGCACGGAAACGAACGCACGAUGGUCUCUACCGUGAGCGAGAGCGAGAUUCCGGGCAGGGCAUUUUUGGUUAUGAUAACUCUGAUCCGGCGGCUGCCUUUCGGGCCUCGGACGACGAGGAGGAUAGGACUGCUGAGAAUAAAGAGGCUGAAAGAGCUGUUGCCAAGCCCACAGUUUACCUAUCCUCGCUGCCGCCGGGGACGUCGCCUACGGUGAUUAAAGCUUUGAUACCUAAAACGCUGUCGGUGGAUGCAGUUAAGAUCAUUCCACCGCCAGCUCAGCCUACAACAGAACGCAGGUCGUUUUCUGCAAUCGUGACCUUAGCGAAAGAGACUGCUGCCUCAGAUAUCGAUUCUACAGUGAGCGCACUACAGAAUAAAUACUUAGGAUGGGGCUAUUAUCUAUCCAUUUCUCGCCAUCUUUCUUCCGCUGCAAUUCAUUCGGGGAUGCCAGUGAAUGUCGGUUUAUCGUCUACGAGCUCGUUACCCUUCGGAGCAAAGGUGAUAAACCAAGGACCUGUUGGGAGGCUCAAUCGAGCACCUCCGCCCGGGCCUCACCGCGGUGGGUUUGCGCCGCCAGCUUCCUAUGGACAAUACCCAAGGACAGCAACAACAGCGCAGAUCGAGGUCAAGCCGCCAUCGGAUCUAAAAGAAUUACGACUUAUCCACAAAACUCUAGAGAACCUGCUCAACUUCGGUCCCGAAUUCGAAGCGCUGCUUAUGAGUCGGCCAGAAGUGCAGAGGGAUGAAAAAUGGGCUUGGAUUUGGGACUCGCGCAGUGUAGGCGGUGUUUGGUACCGAUGGAAACUUUGGGACAUUCUCACCAAUUCAAAAAUUAGUCGAAGUAAUCGUGGGCGAAGUGAAAGUGCAACUUCUCUCAUUUUCGAAGGCGGCGCAAGUUGGGUUGGGCCCGAGAAACCUAUUCGAUUUGAGUAUACGACUGCGAUCGACGAGUUCGUGUCCGAUGACGAGUACAACUCUUCCGAAGAAGAUGAGUCUGACAAUGAAGACGAAAGGCGACGCCAUGCUGCAGAUGAUUCACUGGGCAAUGAAGACGGUGUUGGAUAUAUGAAUCCAUUACAAAAGGCUAAACUUACUCAUCUUGUUGCUCGACUCCCCACAGCGAACAGCAAACUACGUCGAGGAGAUGUGGCUCGAGUAACAGCAUUCGCCAUUGAGCAUGCAAGCGCUGGAGGAGAAGAAGUGGUCGAAAUGCUUGUAGCCAAUGUCCUCAAUCCCUUUGCAUAUUCACGCGCGAACCCUGAUCGCGACGAUGCACAUAGUGCACUUCGAGACGGGGAAGCGAGCGUACUUGGAGAAAACGCUGACAGCACAAAAUUAAAAGAGGAUACAUCCGCCGCUAAGCUGGUCGGUCUAUAUGUGAUCUCUGAUAUCUUUUCAUCCUCCUCAACAAGUGGAGUCCGCCAUGCGUGGCGAUACCGACAACUUUUCGAACAUGCAUUCCGUGCUCAUAAAGUUUUUGAACAUCUUGGCCGUCUUGAAAAGGACUUUAAUUGGGGCAGACUCAAAGCAGAGAAAUGGAAACGCAGCAUCGGGGUUAUAUUGCAUCUCUGGGAAGGCUGGAGUGUCUUUCCUCAUUCCAGUCAGGAACACUUUGUUCAGGUGUUCGAAAACCCGCCUCUCACAGAAGAAGAGCUGGAGCAGGAAAAGAAGAAGGCAGAGGCUGAGAAGGCCAGUGCGGCCAUCAGCAGUAAAGGGAAGAACCGAUGGAAGACUGUUGAUGACGAUGCGAAUUCCGGCAAGUUCGAUCCCAGUCAGCCGCCUGCUGACGUGUCGCAGCAGAGGAUGGACGUGGACGGGCAGGCUGCGGAAGACUUCCAUGAUGAACUGGAUGGGGAGCCUAUGAGUGACAUUGACGGUGUCCCGAUGGAAGACAGUGAUAUCGAGGACGCCGACGUGGACGGGAAGCCAUUGGCAGCAGACAUUGAAAUGCCUGACGCCGCCCAAGAGACAGAGGGGCCGCCUGUAGAAGUUGGCAGCAAGCCAGAAGACAAUACGCCGGCUGGACGCGUGCGAAGACCGCGGCCUAAGGCGGAAGACAUGUUUGCAGACUCCGAUGAGGAUUGAUUAGCUCGCGAUCAGUAGAUAUCCUAGCCCGUAUGCAAAUAGCACAGCCUAAAAGAGGAAGCAAGGAUGACACCGGCGAAUAAUAUUGGAAUAUAAUAAAAAGCUAUAGAAGUUUGUGCCUGAAGCAAACUGGCGACUAAAUUAUCAAGAUAUUCACCCAAUAUCGUGAUCGUCGCCAGUCUAGACAUGGACAUCGAUAGACACAGACAGGGAGUGAAUGAUGAGGGAAGGAAGCCCCACGAAUGCAGAGGG